CCGGUACCCAAGCCCGGGCGGCAGCCAUGAACGGCGAGGAGCAGUACUACGCGGCCACACAGCUUUACAAGGACCCGUGCGCGUUCCAGCGGGGCCCCGCUCCAGAGUUCAGCGCCAGCCCCCCUGCGUGCCUGUAUAUGGGCCGCCAGCCCCCACCUCCGCCGCCCCCGUUCCCGGGCGCCCUGGGCGCGCUGGAGCAGGGCAGCCCCCCGGACAUCUCCCCGUACGAGGUGCCCCCCCUCGCCGACGACCCUGUGGUGGCGCACCUCCACCACCACCUCCCUGCUCAGCUCGCGCUCCCCCACCCGCCGGCCGGGCCCUUCCCGGAUGGAGCCGAGCCAGGCGCCCUGGAGGAGCCCAGCCGCGUCCAGCUGCCUUUCCCAUGGAUGAAGUCUACCAAGGCUCACGCAUGGAAAGGCCAGUGGGCAGGCGGUGCCUAUGCUGCAGAGCCAGAGGAGAACAAGAGGACGCGCACCGCCUACACACGCGCGCAGCUGCUGGAGCUGGAGAAGGAGUUCCUAUUCAACAAAUACAUCUCUCGGCCUCGCCGGGUAGAGCUGGCCGUCAUGCUGAACUUGACUGAGAGACACAUCAAGAUCUGGUUCCAAAACCGCCGCAUGAAGUGGAAAAAGGAGGAAGACAAGAAGCGCAGCUGCGGGACAGCCGCCGGGGGUGGUGGGGACGUGGAGCCGGAGCAAGACUGCGCGGUGACUUCAGGCGAGGAGCUGCUGGCACUGCCGCCACCACCGCCCCCCGGGGGUGCUGUGCCGCCUGCUGUCCCUGCCACAGCCCGAGAGGGCCGCCUGCCGCCUGGCCUUAGCACCUCGCCGCAGCCCUCGGGUGUCGCGCCCCGGCGGCCGCAGGAGCCCCGGUGAGAGAUGGGCACUCCUCCCUGCCGGGCGGCUUCAACCACUCGCAGAGGAGAAGGGAGCGGGCCUGGCCCCGGGUGUGGACGACCGGCCCUGGCGGUUCAAUGGGCGGGAGCUGCGGGGCCCACGGCAGACGGGAGGAGAGAACAGUGCUCUCAGGCGCCUGUGCCAACUGGGGCGCCGUGGUGAGACGGUGGCAGACCUUCUGGAAGGAGAAAAGACGCUUUCUGUAAUAUCUGGGGCCUCGUCUGGAGGUAUUGUUGGAUUGGCGACGUGCAUCGCUGUUGUGCAGGUCCCAUCAGUCCUUUAGAGAAGCCAUCUCUUCAAAAGACCACAGAAACUGUACAAAUCGGACCGCUCCCCAGCGCACGGCAGGCAAGCGGGAUGGAGCGACCAGAAGCAGCCAUUUUUAUUCGGCCUUUCCCCUUAACGUUUAAAAAUAAUUGAGAGGAAACUUCUGAGGUUUCAAAGACCCAGUGAAAUUGAUGCCUGUGGAAUAGAGUAGUUCCUCCUCCUCCUCUUCCUUUUAAAAUCCCUUUAGCAAAGCCACGCCCUUCACCAGCGCGCAUCCUUCUACCGGCACCUUUUCCUCUGCGGGGAGAACUUCUUGCGAGGGUGGGCGGGCAGCGGCUCGGCUGGAGUGUAAAGGCGGAGGGAGAGUCCCUGACCCGCUGGCCCAACGCUUCCAGAGAGGGCAGGCGAAAUGGGUCUGGAGCGAGAACGAUGGACCCCUGAGUGAUCACAAAACUGAAGAUAUUUGGAGCGUUCUAUUUAGGGUGUGGAUUUAGUUCCUGGUCUCAGAACUGGGGGGAGCCGGGGGAGGGGGGUCGCUUUGUGGAAGGCAAGCGGGGUGGCCUGACCCACCUUGGAAAUUAUUCACAGAGCCGGUCUGAUUUCCACAUGUUUAGAAGUGAUUUAAAAAUAUGUGGUUGGGGAAUUUGGAAAACUGGUUACUUUUAUUUAAAGAUUUAAAAUUACCUAACAAUUCUUUACAAACAGGUCUGUAGUUUCCAGGUCAGUUCCUCCUUUCAGGAUCUGGGCCUUGUGUUCAGGUGAUGUCUGUGGAAAAUGCUUAAUAAAUACGGAUAACACGGAAAGA